UCGUCAGUCAGAAUCAGAAUGCACAAAGUUGGGAAAUUGAAACGAGCAGCGAUAGGACUGAAGAGGAUUUUAUCAGGCGGAUCAUCGAGGGAAGAUGAUCGGGACACGGGAAGCAAGGUACCAAAUCAGGGUCAGAUUAAGAGCAAUGUCCCAAUGGAAAGUGGUCCCGCCGCAGAGGAGCAGGAGCAAAUUCAGCCCAGAGACAGUGACGUCAGCGACACCGAUCAGGACCCUGGAAUCAGCACAAGUGAGGCGACCCCCUGUCAGCUCGGAAGCUCAUUGAACAUGGAAUUGUCAAGUCCCCAACAAGGAGCAGAGCCAGAGUUUACAAUCUCCGACCUCCUGGCGGAGGGGGAGGAAUACCGACUGUACCAACUGACAAAGUUCUACAGAGACAGACUCCAACAAGCGAUUGAAGAAAAGGUUGAGAGACUCGGUAUAACGUUGUCAGAGGCGGGACAUUUCAGUAGAGAAGAAAAUGAGAAAGUCACUGAACUGGCAGAGAAGGGAAACCGGGCAGAGAGUUCCAGACUCCUCCUCAGUUUGGUGAUGGGCAAAGGCUCCCGGGCCCGGAGGGCGAUGUGGAAAUGCUUUGUGACUUUGAGGACUGAGUUACCGAAGUUGGACAGAAUACUGAGGCAAAUACAGGAGAAAGGUCCUGAUCCACAGGAAUACAUGAACAUUGCCCAAGAGUUAUUUGAGUUACCUACUCAACUGAUAGCUGUUCAACAGAAACACAAGGAGGCUCUGCGGGCACAAACUGAAACACUGAGAGUGAACACGAUCCUGAUGAGGGAGAAGGUGAAGGUUUUCCAGCUGGUUGAUCGAUUCGUUGAGCUCACGGUGAUUACUACUGUUCGAGAUCGGAGACUGGUGGAACAUGAGCUGCUGGCAAGAGGCAGAGACCACGAGGAGUGGAGAGAGAAACAUCUCUGCGGAGAGCUGGAAAAAAUCCAGACUGAUCAGUUGUUCCAAAACCGCUUUUCCUGGAGUAAAUCCAAACCUGGGGAUUCAGCAGCAGUGACCGGAGUCGCGGGGAUCGGGAAAACCACAAUGGUACAAAAGAUUGUUUAUGACUGGGCCAUGGGGAAAAUAUACCAACAGUUCCAGUUUGUAUUCAGUUUCAAAUUCCGGGAUUUAAACUCCAUUAACUGCAGAAUAAACCUGAGGGAACUGAUUCUAGGUCAGUAUCCUUACUUUGGGAAUAUCCUGGCAGAGGUCUGGAAGAACCCAGAGGGUUUGCUGUUUAUAUUCGAUGGUUUGGAUGAAUUCAAUGAUAAAAUUGAAUUUGCUGACAGUCGGGGAGACACGGUACCUCGCUCCACAUGCACAGAUUCUGAAUUCAAGUGCAAGGUGUCUGACAUUGUGUACAGUUUAAUCCAGGGCAAGCUGCUCCCGGGGUGUUCAGUGCUGGUGACCACCCGCCCCACUGCGUUACAUUUAUUGAAAAAGGCGAAGAUCAGUAUCUGGGCUAAAAUCCUGGGAUUUGUUGGUGAGGAACGGAAGGAAUAUUUCAUCAGACAUUUUGAAGAUCAGACAGUGGCAGCAGCUGUUUUCAAACACGUGAAGAAGAACGAGAUCCUGUACAACAUGAGCUACAAUCCUGCCUACUGCUGGAUCCUCGUCCUGGCACUGGGCCCCUUCUUCACACAAAGAGUCAGGGACCCACAGCGAGUUCCCAAUACUAUCACCCAACUGUAUUCGUGCUAUAUUUACAACAUCCUGAAAAAUCACGGCCGUGAGAUUGAGAACCCCCGUGAUGUGUUAUUCAGGGUUGGUCAGAUGGCCUUCAGAGGAUUAUCCGAGAAGAAGAUUGUCUUUACAGAUGGAGAUUUGAUCAACUACAACCUGCAGCCUUCCCAGUUCCUGUCCGGGUUCCUGAUGGAGCUUUUAGAGAGAGAGGAUUCCGCUUGGAGCGUGGUGUACACAUUCCCACACCUCACCAUCCAAGAGUUUGUAGCUGCAGUCGCACAAUUCCUGAAUCCACAUCCCGGGGAUAUCCUGAUAUUCCUCACUGAAGCCUACAGCAUUACAGAUGGGCAAUUUGAGGUAUUUCUCCGUUUUCUUGCUGGUCUCUGCGACCCAAUGUCAACUCGGGGCCUGGAGGAGUUUCUGGGUCCAUUUCUUCAUGAAACAUCCUGCCGGGUGAUUGACUGGGUGAAGGAGGAGGUUAAGCACCGGACUGCAAACACUGGGACUGAAGCUCGUAAAAGGAGCCUCCUGAACACAUUGCACUACCUGUUUGAGUCUCAGAAUCGUGGUCUGGCUCAGGAAACACUGGGAUCUGUGGAAACACUUUCAUUCAGUGGAAUGACACUGACCCCGAUUGAUUGUGCGGUCCUGUCUCAUGCCAUCGGAUUCUGUGAUACAAUAAAACACCUCGAUCUGACGGGCUGCCACAUUCAGUGUGAAGGAAUCCAGCAGCUGGGACCCGGGCUGCACAAGUGCCAGAAGCUGAGGUAACUUGAUUUAUCUCUCACUCUGAACUGUGAAACUGCCUCAUUGUGUUGUUUCA